AUGUCAUCCGACUACCGCCCUCCCACAGUCUCCGACGACCUCCCCGGCAGCCCAGCGCCAGCUCAAGCGUGGCUGGCCCCGGACCCGAACGACGGACUCGCGCAUAGCACCAGCGCCGCCCAUGCGCCGUCUGCCUCGGCCGUCUUCGCGACAGAUAACAGACAUCACAUGCCACUAGCCGACGACAACUCACCACCCGCCCGCUCGCGCCCUCGCAGCGCAACCGUCCGGCGCACUCCCUCCCUGCCCGUCUCGCCAGCGCAAACAAAACCGGACGAGGUCGCAAUGAGCCCAGACGACGACCACCCCCAGCAGCAGCCCGAGUCCGAAUCCGUCGCCGGCCCAGAGUCCUCGUCCGAUGAGACUGUCGUCCAGGAACCGUAUGACGAUGAAGACGCAAACGCACCUCAUUACCCGACAUCGCCAACCCUGACCAACUUCACAGCUCUUACAGGACGAACACACCACUCAAGCAACUCCAGCGGCUCCGGCUCGACGAUAACGCAAGCAUCCUGGCCGCGGCGCAGAGGCAGCGAAAAGUCCCAGCUCAAACGCCGUCGCAGCCGCUCACCCCGCCAGCAGCAGCAGCAGCAGCAGCACGCCGCCUUCAGCUACCUCGACGCAGACUCCCCGCACGUCACCCCCGAGGCCAUCCAGCGCUCUGUCGAGCAGUCGUACUGGAGGAUGCCGCCGGACGGGAGCUACCAGUCUCCUUCCACCCGGAGCACCGCCUCCACGGCCUCCAGCAGCUUCCAGAGCGACGUCUUCUCCGAGCUCGACCAUGAGACCGACCGCAGCAGCUCCCCGGAUCACAGUGCCUACGGCGACCCCGCCUCCCCGGGCGCCAUGCCGGGCAAGUUCGACGCGCACCUCGCGGCGGCCGCGCAGCAGAGGCAGCAGCGCGGGUACCGCAACUACGGCACACCGGAGAUGCCGCGGGGGAACGCUAACCUGCCUCAUCUCCCGCCGAACGCGCUGCAGCCGAGGCUGCCCGGGAUGCAUCAGGGCCACCCAAAGCACCUCCCCCGGGCGGAGAAGCUGCCGCUCUCGGGGUACGAGGUGAUUGCCUCGAAGCUGUGCGCCGGGGAUGCGGACAGGUCGAGCAUCAAGCCCAUCUACCGCCGCUUCGAGGCUCUGAAUCAUAGGUUGCUCCUGCAUCUGCAGGAUGAGCUUGCGGAGCUGGAGGAGCAGCUCCACCGGCUGGAUACAGCGGACACGCAGACGCGGCGCAUGCAGAACUGCAUUCUCCCCGCCUCGCGCCGCCAGGAGGCUCUCACCGCGGGCGAGCUGCAAUGGCAUAAGACGGAUGUGUUGGGCAAGAUCGGGUAUAAGCUCGGGCAGUACAACCACGUCCUCUCAUCGUUCAAAGACACCCAGAACCUCCCCAGCCCAAACCCGCGAGAUAUAGAGUACUACCGCGCCUACCUCGCAAACCAUAACCCCAUCGUCGAGAUCGAGACGCGCUUCCUCGACCCGGCAGACGACCUCGUCUCACUCGCGCGCCCCUCCCCCUCGACCUCGGAGUUUUCCUCCUCGUUCUCAGACGACCUGCGCACCCCGAUGCCGCCGCGCAAGCCCAGCACCGCCGCCCCCGCGACGCCGGGCUUCCUCUUCUUCCAAGGCGCAAAGUCGGAGAAGCUGCGCCAGGUCGAGAUCUUCCUGCGCAACAGCUACCCGCUCGCCGUGGCGGUGUCGUUCGCGGCGGCGUUCCUGCUGCCGAUACUGACGUUUGCGGUGAUACCCGCGUUCGCGGGCCGGAUGGCCGUGGUGGCGAUUGUCGCUGUCGGCGUGGGGCUGGCGGUUGUGCAGGCGGGGAUAUUCGGGGCGGGCAAGGAGAGGGGAGGCGCGCAGGCGGCGGCGGAGGGGGCGCUUGUGUCGGGGGUGUAUGUUGGGGUUAUGGCUGUCGUUGCUGGGAUAUUUGGGUGA